GAGGGCGUUGCAUACUGGGUGAUGAAGUUCCCUUGGAAGUGCGCACGAGCGCAUUUUAAGCGCACAAAAUCAUGUCUUUAACCAGCUCCUUUUCCACCCCGUUGCUUUUGCUUUUAUGUGUUGUUUUAUUGACAGUUACUGACGCAGAAGAGUGCGAAGUGUGUGUGGGGUUUUUGGGACGCCUUUAUAACUCACUGGUGAUCAGACACACAGAACUGUCCCCAGAGCUGGUGGAGGAGGGCCUGAUCAGAGCCUGCGCUGAGACUACUGGGAAAGAGAAUCGGCUUUGUUACUACCUGGGAGCUUCCAGUGAUUCUGCAGCCAAAGUGACCGGUGAGGUGAUUCGCCCCCUCAGUGCACAUGUUCCUGUCCACAAAAUCUGCCAGAGGCUUCAGCGCAGGGACGGCCAGAUCUGUGAGCUCAGAUAUGAGCGUCUGGUUCUUGACUGGAGCACAGAUGCUUUGUCUAAAAUGCGAGUGUUGGAGCUGAAGAGAGUCUUGGCCUCAUGGGGCGAAGAGUGCAGAGCCUGUCUGGAGAAAAGUGAAUUUAUCGCCCUCAUCCAGGAGGUGGCCCCCAAACACAGCGCUUCAGAGCACAGAGCACACACGGAAGAGUUCUGAGGGCCUCCUUGUGCAGCUCCAUGCUGGGGACACAGAGUUCUGAGGAGAGGGCCUCCCUGUGCAGCUCCAUGCUGGGAACACACAGGAGGGGCAGCACGUGCAGCUGCGUCCAGGGACACUUUUGAGAUCACAUCGAGACUCCUAACUUAUAAUGCUUUUUAUAAUGUUAAUUACAACUAGCCAUGUGCAAUAUCUGCACAUUUCCCCAGUGUCUCAUUCUCCUUUACCACUGUAAGCAUUUUCACCCGCACCCUUAAAAUAAAUGACUAAGCUUUAUUAGUGUCUGUGAUUAAGAGGUUGCUUGCAGAGAUGCUGGCUAUUUUUCUUGUCCAGCAGUUUAAUUUGUUAAGGGACACAAGCUUGUGUUAAGACUUUAGGCCACUGUUUCCCAACCUUGUUCCUGGAGGAACACCAACAGUACAUAUUUUAGAUGUCUCCCUUAUCUGACGCAUUAGCUUGAGAUUUUGAGUUUUUUCUAAUGUUCUGAUGAGUUGACUCAGGUGUGUUUGAUUAAGGAGAGGUUGAAAAUGUGUACUGUUGGUGUGCCUUCAGGAGCAGGCUGUGGAAACACUGAUUUACACAACUUAUAUUUUAAUUUGAACUCCUCGACUGUGUAUGAGACUGUUGGUGAGUUGAACAAAGCUCAUUAACUUAUCCAGAUCACAUUUUAGUCAGAAAUAAAAAGAAAUGUAAAAAUGGUUUGGUAACACUUUAUUUUGAUGGUCCCUAUUGCACAUUUUGUUGACUAAAAGUUGCAUUGCAACUACAUGCCAAUUACUUCUCAUUUGAGUAUUAUUUCUGCUAAUACUGCUCCAAUACAUUUAACUGACUAUAAGAAACUUUGCAAGUUAGUCAACUAAACCUAAAACAGUCUACUUAUGAUUUAAUAAGAAUUAGUUGGCAUGUAGAUGCAAUGCAACUUAAAUUCAACAAAAUCUGUUAAAGGGACCAUCAAAAUAAAGUGAUACCAAUGUUUUGGAUAAAUGAUAAAAAUUAAGCCUUUUUAAGACUAUUAUUUAUGCACUGAUAUUAUGGACAAUUUCUUAAAUGGAUCUCUUUGGUGUAAAGCAACUGUAUGAAAACAAUUACUGUAACAUAUAGAGGAAUAAAAUUAUAUUGUAAAACUGUAGAGAUUAAAAAUGACUGGCUAACAAAUGGGUAAAAGCCAAUAAUAGAGAAAAGUAUUUCGUCAAAAUUAUUUAGUGAAAUUAUUUGGGGUUCCACUUUGAUCAUUUCAUGUCAUCAAAUGAUUCUCGAUCCUUUGGUAUAUAAACCGUUGUUGCAAAGCAUAA